AAACAGGAGCAUCUUCUUCUUAUUCCAACCAACCAGACAACAUCAGCACAGCAGCGAUGACGUCACCCUGCGAGCUCAAGACAGUUGCUGUUAUUUUGCAGACCAGCAAAUUAAUAAUAGCACUAAAUGCAAAUCUGCAUUAUCUUAACUCACCUGGAUCUUUGGUCUGCAAUAAAGUUAUCGAUAAUUCCAAGAGAGGACACCACGCUCAGUCGCUCCUCUUUCUCUUGCUCUCCCGCUCGCUUCUCCGUAACGAUGGGCAAUACAUCUUCGAUGCUCACUCAAUACGACAUUGAAGAAGUUCAAGAACACUGUAACCACACAUUUUCUCAGAUAGAGAUCGUCUCUCUCUACCAGAGAUUCUGUCAGCUCGAUCGCAAUGGCUGCGGCUUCAUUUCCGCCGACGAGUUCAUGUCUGUACCUGAAUUCGCUGUCAAUCCUCUCUCUCAGAGAUUGUUGCGGAUGCUAGACGGAUUGAAUUUCAAAGAAUUUGUGGCGUUCCUAUCCGCGUUUAGUCCUCGCGCGAGUUUGCAACACAAAAUCGAAUUUAUCUUCAAAGUGUAUGAUUCAGAUGGUAAUGGAAAAGUUGCCUUCAACGACAUGCUGGAUGUUUUGAGGGAUUUGACUGGGCAUUUCAUAUCCGAACAACAGAGGGAGAAAGUUCUGGUCCACGUCCUUGAGGAAGCAGGCUACACGAAGGAUUCUUCACUAGUUAUAUCAGAUUUUCUAAAGACUCUCGGAAGCUCUGAUUUAAAAAUGGAGGUCGAGGUUCCAGUGGACUAAGACAAAGGUAACAGUCAGUUCAUGUUACGACUUCUUGCUGUUCAUAGUACUCAUUCGGAUAGCAAUCAGUUUUCAGUUUCUUGUACGAAAUCCGAAUUCUUAAAACAGAUACCACUGUAAGCCACUUUGUUCUUUAGAUUUACUGGCAUUGUAAUGACAAACGAACUUCCGUUGCAUGA